ACUAACCAGCAGUAUGAACUCGUCCAUCACCAUGAAGCUGGUUCUUCUCCUGACUCUCCUCUGGACCCUCUCAAGUUCAGUUGGAGCACUUCAGUGUUUGAGCUGCACAGAUUCAGCCUGUUUACCGACACAAUCUGUCACAUGUUCCUCAGAGACCAUGUGUAUCACAGCUACUGCUGCUUUAGCCAUUUUUGGGCAAAAUUCAUCACAACCAAUCUUCAGGGGCUGUGCACCGUCCUCGCUGUGUCCAACUACUGGGAAUCGAACAUUUUCAGUCAAUGUGGGUUCAGCAAGUGCACUCGUAUCUGCCCAGUGCUGCAACACUGAUGACUGCAACUCAGAAGCCCUGCCUGCACCGAGCAUUCAGUCAGCUCCAUCUAAUGGUCGAGAGUGUCUCAGCUGUUUCCCAGGCCGGGACUGUUCCGUCCCACAGCCGUGCCGAGGGGUUGAGGACUUUUGCUUUAAUGGAUUUGUUCUCAAUGGUUCCAGAGCCAUUCAAGUUGCUGGCUGUAUUUCUAGGAACACAUGUGAAGCUGCAUCAGUUGUCAAAAGGUUACCAUUUUUACAAAACAUUGGGAAUUUUACAAGUGGACCGACCUGUUGUGAGGGUGAUUUGUGUAACGCUUUCACAACAACAACUGCUAUGACAACAACUACAGCAGUUACUCCCUCUUCAAAUGUGAGAACCACGACCCCGACAUCAGCUGCUACAACUGAGGCGCCAUCAGUUGGAGCACUUCAGUGUUUGAGCUGCACAGAUUCAGCCUGUUUACCGACACAAUCUGUCACAUGUUCCUCAGAGACCAUGUGUAUCACAGCUACUGCUGCUUUAGCCAUUUUUGGGCAAAAUCCAUCACAACCAAUCUUCAGGGGCUGUGCACCGUCCUCGCUGUGUCCAACUACUGGGAAUCGAACAUUUUCAGUCAAUGUGGGUUUAGCAAGUGCACUCGUAUCUGCCCGGUGCUGCAACACUGAUGACUGCAACUCAGAAGCCCUGCCUGCACCGAACAUUCAAUCAGCUCCACCUAAUGGUCGAGAGUGUCUCAGCUGUUUCCCAGGCCGCUAUUGUUCCUUCCCACAGCCGUGCCGAGGGGUUGAGGACUUUUGCUUUAAUGGAAUUGUGUUCGAUGGUUCCAGACUCAUUCAAGUUGCUGGCUGUAUUUCUAGGAACACAUGUGAAGCUGCAUCAGUUGUCAAAAGGUUACCAUUUUUACAAAACAUUGGGAAUUUUACAAGUGGACCGACCUGUUGUGAGGGUGAUUUGUGUAAUGCUUUCACAACAACAACUGCUAUGACAACAACUGCAGCAGUUACUCCCUCUUCAAAUGUGAGAACCACGACCCCGACAUCAGCUGCUACAACUGAGGCGCCAUCAGUUGGAGCACUUCAGUGUUUGAGCUGCACAGAUUCAGCCUGUUUACCGACACAAUCUGUCACAUGUUCCUCAGAGACCAUGUGUAUCACAGCUACUGCUGCUUUAGUCAUUUUUGGGCAAAAUUCAUCACAACCAAUCUUCAGGGGCUGUGCACCGUCCUCGCUGUGUCCAACUACUGGGAAUCGAACAUUUUCAGUCAAUGUGGGUUUAGCAAGUGCACUCGUAUCUGCCCGGUGCUGCAACACUGAUGACUGCAACUCAGAAGCCCUGCCUGCACCGAACAUUCAAUUAGCUCUACCUAAUGGUCGAGAGUGUCUCAGCUGUUUCCCAGGCCGAUAUUGUUCCUUCCCACAGCCGUGUCGAGGGGUUGAGGACUUUUGCUUUAAUGGAAUUGUUCUCAAUGGUUCCAGAGCCAUUCAAGUUGCUGGCUGUAUUUCUAGGAACACAUGUGAAGCUGCAUCAGUUGUCAAAAGGUUACCAUUUUUACAAAACAUUGGGAAUUUUACAAGUGGACCGACCUGUUGUGAGGGUGAUUUGUGUAACGCUUUCACAACAACAACUGCUAUGACAACAACUGCAGCAGUUACUCCCUCUUCAAAUGUGAGAACCACGACCCCGACAUCAGCUGCUACAACUGAGGCGCCAUCAGGGCCGGACACUGUGUCAGCUAAUGAUCGGACGUGUUAUGUUUGUGUCCCUGGUGGAGACUGCUCUGGGGAACUCUCAUGUCAAGGAGUGGAGGGCAUGUGUUUUAUUGGGAUCGUGUCAAAUGGUUCCAGUGAAGUUCAAGUUGCUGGCUGUAUUUCUCAAAAUUUAUGUGAAGCUGUAGAAGUUCAAGUAGAGCUACCAUUUCUGGAUGGCAUUGGGGUUUUUAUCAGUGGACCGACCUGUUGUCUGGGCAAUUUGUGCAAUGCUUUCAACACAACAACUCCUCUGACCCCACCUAUAACAAAUGUGACAUCCACUUUCCCAGUUCAACCUCUUCAGUGUUUGCACUGCACAGAUGAAGACUGUCUUUCUGAUGAAUCUUCCGCAUGUCCCUCAGAGACCAUGUGUUUCGCAGCUGCUUCUUCUCAAUCCAUGGGAGAGCGCCUUCAAGUCGUCGACAGAGGCUGUGCAGGCUCCUCCCUGUGUCCAACCACUGGAAAUGAAUUAUUUGGAGCCAGUGUGGGUUCAUCAACUACAGUUGUAUAUACCCAGUGCUGCAACACUGAUAACUGCAACAGAUUAUCUCCACUGUUUGUGGGAGUCAAUCAGACAGAAAAUGGACUGCUUUGUUUCUUUUGUGGGCCUGGUGAUGGAAACUGCUCCAGUGUAAUGCAGUGUAGAGGAGGUCACGACAGGUGUUUUUAUGGAAUGGAGAAUGCAGAGGCUCCCAGUCCAGUGGCUGGCUGUAUAUCUGCAAACGCUUGUGGAGCGGGACUAGAUUUUCAGGACCUGCUGUUUGGGAGAAAGUACUAUCUUGCCAGCGAACUGACCUGUUGUGACUUCGACAUGUGCAAUGAUGACAAGUCAACAACUUCAACAACCAUCACAACUCCAACAACUCCAACUCCAGAUUUUGAACCACAUUUGGGCCUACGGAUAAGGGUAGCUGCUUUUCAAGGGAUCAACGAUACAACUAUCAUAGAUGCUGUAACGAAGUUUUUGAAAGAGCAGAUUCUGAAUGGGACAGUCCACACAGUCAACGUGACAUCCAUUAAAGAAGACGGAUCCACCACAUAGAGGAACCAGAUUAAAGGAAACAGGAUGUGUGCUUCGUACCAUCAGUAAUGGAACAUGAUGCAGAGAAAAAAAUGUGCAUCAUUUGCGAGCAGUGAUCCUCAUCAUUUAAGUUUGUUUAAAAACACCCUCUGAUUAAGGAUUUAGAUUUAUCAAAUGUUAAUGUUGAUUCCUAUCGAUUCAUGCAAAUAUGGGUAAUUUAAGAUAUCACACAUUAACCUCACAUUCAUGUGCUUGGAAUGUGUGAGGACGUCUGUAUCCAGGAAGAACAUGGAAACUCCACACUGAACAGCGUCGACCCCAGAUUGCUGUGAGAUGCCUCUGACUGGCCUGUUUUUAACCAGUGAGCCACGUCUUUUUACUGUUGUGGUUUUGGUGGCAUGGAGCCUCAUUCCUUCUUAAAUCUUCUUUCCUUUUGAAACUUUGUUUCAGGGCUGUUUGAUUCUUCAGACCAGGUUUGAGGCUUUGACAGAUAAGAUUAAACUAUAUCUCACAUUAAUUUUUUUUUUUUGUUGUUUAUUCAAAGAUGUUUUUUUUUCUGUUGUCGUUUUGUUGUUUCUUGUUUUGAAUUAAUGCAAUUUUAUAUUUCACACAAGCAGAGGUGCUCGUGUAAAAAAAAAAAAAGGUAAACCACUGGUAAACAUACUGAUUCAUCAUUUUUCUGGAAUGGGAAAACAUGUGUUAUGUAACAACUGAUAUGGUGUUUGUGUUCUUUUGGGAAUAAAAUUUGAGCACAUGA